AUGGACGCGCAGCGCGCGAACGCGGUGCUCGGAUUACGACCCGACGCGUCGAGCGAUGAACUCGUGCGCGCGCACAAGGACAUGCUCGAAAAAUACGCGGAAGACGAAAUCAAGCGAGGCGAAGUCGAGGCGGCGUACGACGUGCUGCUCAUGAAGUCUUUCAACCGACGAACGAAGGGAGAGAGCGUGAAGAACGAAGUGAAAUACGCCGAUGUGGUGCCGGCGGUUGAUAAGAUCAAGGCGUCGUUACCGCCGUGGGCGCGCGAGGCUGGGAAGUCUCUUCCCGCGGGACCGCGGUUCGCGGCGCCGUCGCGAGAGACGACGACUCGAGCGGGCGCACUCUUUGGCGCUCUCGCGCUCGUGACGUUGUUGCAAGGUUUCGCGCAGCCGGAAGGCGUAGAGAACCCGACCGGGCUUGAAAUAGCCGCCGCGCUCGGCGCCACGGUGUGGUUCAUGAACCAGAAGCGCGUGAGCAUAGGACGCGCCGCGGCUUUGGCGUUUGGCGCCCUCGUCGUCGGCUCCGUCGUCGGCGGCGCCGUGCAGGGGUGGCUACGCGUAGACAUCGUUCCUUUCGCCGGGAUCUCUUCUCCAUCAACCAUUGUCUCAGAGUUUGGCAUUUUGUCGCUCUUUAUCGCCGCCGCUUGCCUUGAUUAAGUUACCGAGAGGACUCCGAACAAAACACGCUCGCUGUACACGCUGCCACCGGUCGCCGAGAUCGCAAAUCAGCACUGACACAUGUAAUACUUUAAAAGACGUUCUACGCG